GCGGUAGGUAGGAUGCUGCCCAGCUCCAUCCAGAUUUCAGGGGAGCCGCUGUCAGGUGCCGAGGUGCGGGACAUCUGCCGCGGCCUGCGCGACAACGCUGUGCGCCUACUCUCCCUACGCGGCUGCCGCCUCUGCGACCGCGACUUCGGCCGCAUCUGCCGGGCCCUGGCCGGGGCCACGUCCCUGGCGCAGCUCAACCUUAACCUGGGCGUCGUGUCCAGCCCCAGUCGCAUCAAGCAGCUGGCGGAGGCGCUGCGGACCAACCGCUCCAUCCAGUCCCUCUUCCUGCAUGGGAGCCCCCUGACAGAUGCUGGGCUGGCCUUGCUGAACCCAGCCCUGGCCCUCCACCCUGCCCUUGUGGCUCUGGACCUGGGGGACUGCAUGCUGGGUGAUGAAGCCAUCAACCUCAUCUGUGGCCUCCUCCCCCCAGAUGGGGCCAAGUCUGGUUUGAAGGAGCUAACGCUGAGUGCCAACCCUGGCAUCACCCCUAAGGGCUGGAGUCGCCUGGCCAUUGCUGUGGCCCACAGCUCACAGGUCCGCGUCCUCAAUUUGGACUACAACCCCCUGGGUGACCACGUGGCCGGGAUGUUGGCUGUAGCUGUGGCUUCCAGUCGAACCUUAGAGGUUCUAGAUUUGGAGAGCACAGGGCUCACCAACCAGUCAGCUCAGACCCUGCUGGACAUGGUAGAAAAUUACCCCACAGCCUUGCGGAGCUUGGUGUUGGCUGAGAACAGCAUUAGCCCAGAGCUGCAGCAACAGAUCUGUGACCUCCUUUCUGAGGGGGAGGAGGAGGAGGAGGUGCCAGGAGGGCCUGGUGACACCCAGAAACAAGAGAGGGGGCGGGAGCCUGCUGCCCACCAGAGGGGAAGCAGCUCCUGGAUGUGCCCUACUGAUCCCAGCUCUCAGAUGGUGCUAAUGACAUCAGGACUAGGGGACAGCCUAUUAGCUGAGACUGAGAUGUGACUCUCCACUUGGGCUUCUGCACAUCAUUACAUUUUCCCCAGGAUCAGGCCCUGGGGCUUGGGAGGGAGGGGUU